CGAUGCAUGGGUGUUGUUCCACCUCUAGUUUUCGCGGUCUUUUGGUCUCUCUGCCAGUCGGCGUCUGUUCGUUCCUGGAGAAUUUGUUCUAUUUUUUGUUUAAAGGUUUAAUUGCUAGUAAAUUUUAAAUAGCAAAGAUGUCGAUGUUUUGGGGUCUUACCAUGAAGCCUAACCGCAAAUACACCCAGACGAUUAUCAAAUCGUUCCAUAUAUCGGGUGUGGCCCUGGACAAAGGCGAGGAGGCAAAAUUAUACCUUAUGGCUGAGAAGCAGAAGUACAUUGUGGCCACCGUGUCUAAAAACAUUCCCCAGGUGCCUUUGGAUUUGAACUUUAGCAAGGGCGAUCAGAUCAUGUUCCAGACCACCGGUGAUGCUACUGUCUCCCUAUUGGGCUACUUGCAUGAUAUCGACUCCGAUGAUGAGGACGAAGACUUCAACAUCGAGAAUCUGCUAAAGGGAAAUGCCAAGGGCAAGAAAAACGGCAAGGUCGAUGAAGAGGAGGAUGAAGAGGAUGACGAGGAGGAUGAAGAUGAGGAUGAGGACGAGGAUGAAGAUGAAGAUGUCGACGAUAGCCAGCUCAUGGAGGAGUACGAGUCCUUCCUUGAGAAUGGAGAAGAGGACGACUCUGAGGAUAUUGAGGAGAGCGGCGAAGAGGAGGAUGAGUCUGAUGAUGAGGAGGAAGAGGAAGUGGAGGAGCCAAAGGCAAAGCAGGCCAAACUCUCAACGGAAGCUAAAGCCAAGGGAAAGCCAGCUAAGGAACAGAACGGAGUGGCAAAGAAGGACCAGCCAAAACAACAGCAGCAGAAGGCUAAAGGUGAAAAGCCCGAGCCCAAAAAGGAGGCACCCAAGCAAAAGCAGACUCAACAAGCUGGUGGUGAGCGCACAGUCAGCGGCGGCGUAAAGGUGUCAGAUAUUGUGGUUGGAAAAGGAGAGGAAGCCAAGUCCGGAAAGCGCGUGUUUGUUUACUACACAGGUCGGCUGCAGUCAAACAACAAGACCUUCGACAGCCUUCUCAAAGGCAAAGGAUUCAAGUUUGCCUUGGGUGGAGGCGAGGUGAUCAAGGGCUGGGACGUGGGCGUUGUUGGCAUGAAGGUUGGUGGCAAGCGCCGCGUCACGUGCCCACCGCACAUGGCUUACGGUUCGCGUGGAGCUCCUCCGAAAAUUCCACCCAAUUCAACACUAGUCUUCGACGUCGAGCUGAAGGCUAUCCAGUAAUCUGCCCAUUGCCCGCAUUAUAUAGACUUGUAAAAGUAGUUCUAAGAAUCCGCAUCGCAAAACCCUUUAAAAAAUACCCGAUAAAAUGUUGAAUAAAUGCACGUUGUUUCUACGCUGUUCAAAAAUCAA